AUGGUAAAUACGGCCAAAUACUUUGCUCUUCUAGAGAGUCUUAGCUUUGAGAAGGCUCUUGCGAAACAGGCCACCAGCUCCAAAGCAAACACCGGCUACUUGGAAGGAAACCUCCUCGUUUUACAAAAAUAUGCGAAAUUGAGUUUGCAGGAGCAGCUGCAUGAGUUAAGCAUGGAUUACCAACUUACGCCUGAACAGGAAUCUACAAUAGAUCCAGAGGCAGAACCAGUAGUAUCCUAUAUUGUUCGAUUGCAGCAUGUAGUCCACUUGCUGACCAAGAAUAUAAACUUUCACAGCGACGCCAAGGAGGAUCUUAUUUCGGUGGCUCAUCUGAAACUUUGCAUUCAAGCCACCCAGGAGCUAUCCUACUACGCCCUAAGGUGCCAGCUUCAUGAAGACUUCUACAAAUCCCCGAUUUUCAAUGAAGCUAAAGGAAAGGUUCCCGUGAAUCCCGCCCUUUUGCUCCUAAGCAUAAAGAUCUUUGUUAAUAUUCUACCAAUUCGGCAAUUUCACAUAGCCAACUCUAUGGAACUGGUGCAGAGGGAUCUUCUGGCGGCCAUCAUAAGUCUGAAGACCCUGGAAGACCAUCCCGAAUUGGAUACAGCCAUAUCCUAUCUCUGGCAACAGGAAUCCAAGUCGGAUUUCUUUAGACAUGUGCUACUAUUAAAAGCCACUCCUUUGUGUCCUCCUUUGGCUAAAUUGCUCCAUCAUCAACUUCUGGAGAAGCUUCACUCCCCUCAAGGCUUUGCCAGCUUUGUGGAAGCCUUGCAACAAACUCCAAAUGUGAGUCCCUCCAGAAAUGCUGAAAUUGUGGCUGGAAUAGUGGCUAGAAAGGGAUUCACUCAGUCAGCCCAGGAAAAGAUGAUUCAGCAAGUGCUAGAGUAUUGCAGGUUCCAUCUCCAGGAUGCGGACAAAAUGUGUGUUGGCAUCCUUACCCUGAGAAGGUUUUAUGACCUGAGUGAGCGGAAUCAAAAGGUAAUAGAGGAAGUUCUGUCCAGCCAUUGGAAAACCUUGAUUGAUCCGGAAGACUUGAUAGCGGGUCUUAUUUUGAUGGAUCAUCAGGAACUCUGCAACAGAAUCCUGUUCUGGCAACAUCUGUUCAGUAGUUCCAAUGUGGCUUGUUUGCCCAGUAACCUCUUGAUAGAAUACCUACCUCUGCUACUCCAGCUGUAUGAUGGUUUGCCUUUGGAACUCCCUGCCAGAAUCCAGAUUUCUGGGCUAAUAUCUAGGUGUUUAGAUAAUAGGGAACGUGAAAACGAACUGCCGGCUGUGCUUCAGAGAUUAUUCAAUUGGGAAAUAGAUGAAGAACCUGCUUGGAAGUGCCUCCACCCACGGGUUCUCAUGCUCCCGUCGGCAGAACCCAAUAAAAUUCAAAUCAAGGUGGCUCCCAGUGACUACCAAGUGGACCACGACAUGGCCAGGAUACUGCCAGGCUUACUGACCUCCACUUCCCACAAUACCCUCAUCUGUAAUGUGUUCCUGGCGUUGUUAUCUUACAUGGUAAAUGUUUUGAAAGAGAAAUCCUCGUCCAGUGUGGAUUUCAUUUCCACAGAGUCCGAACUAAAGGACUUCUUGCAUUCAAAAUACCAACUCAAGCUGGAUCUGCUUAUAGCCCUUAACCAGUUGGUUGCUCACCAGCCAUUGAGAGCUCAGUUGGCCUUGCACACGAAGGAGUUUGUGGUGAUCCUGAAGGACUUACUCCAUAAACGGUCUGAAGAGGAGGAAACCGCUGUCCAUAUACUGCUCCUUAUUCUCAAUCUUCUCCACGAACUCAUCGAGAGCAGUGAAGAGCUUCAGCUUUCUGAAAGCAGUAGAGAACUGAAGGAGCAACUGCUGUUGUUGAAAUCGGAAUCUCGUAAUCCCCUAAUCCAGCAAUCUGUUCAAACUCUACUAAACCUGCUACAAGGAGCCUGGCGUCCAAGUGAUUCCCUAAAAACACAACCCUUCCAAAAGGCGCGCUCUCUUAUUGAGAAGAAGGAGUCCCAUCUGCAGGUCUAUGGCAUCCAACUAAUGAUGGAUUUGCUGCACAAGAAGGACCCAACCACCAUGGCUCAAAGCCACCUGGUCAUAGCUUUGGCGCUCACCACUCUUAAGGACAAGGAAUCGUACACCUUCCUGAACUGCGUGCGUCUCUUUGUGGCUCUAGUGCACGUGAUGGAGUCUGAAGUUCUGGAAAAGCUGAGCGAUGAGUACCUAUCCGAGACUGCCGAGUUUGACUAUCGACUGGUUGUGGGGGAAGCGGUCCUUAAAGUUUCCCAGGAGCUAGGAUCUCUUUGCUAUCGAUACAAGGCAGUGCUCCUGCACUGCUUCAUGCAUGGCGCCCGCUCUCCAGUUCACGAAUUUCGAAUGUCUGCCUUUGCCAAUCUCGCCCAGCUCUGUCGUCUGUUGGCCUUCCAAGUACACAACUUCUUCGAGGAGCUACUCCAACUAGUUAACAAUGAACUGACCUCCGGGGGCUAUGUUCCCUCCAAACGUGCCGCUGUUCUGGUUUUAGCAGAACUACUAAAUGGCAUGGAGAAUCUUCUGGACUACCAGGACAUGCUAUUGCCCAUUUAUCGUUUGUUGAAAACAAUUGAAGCCACUGAGUCCUGCGAUCCUCAAAUGCGUCAGCAUGCGGCAAAUGGUUUGAAAAUAUUAAACGAAAAAUGCCGGGCCCUGAUUCAAUCCAGUAUGGAAGAGCAAUCCCUGCAGAAGCAGAUCAAGGUGCUGGGCAUCAAGGAUGAUAAUCCUAAACCUAGAAAAAACCGACACAUCCUGGAACUAAAUUAAGAUAGUAUAAGCUUUAAUUGUGAUUUUAGAGUAGUAAUUUUUUAAAAAGAGUUAUAUUUGUCUAUUUUUUUGUAUGAAAAAAUAUCCUUCGUGACUUACAACGAGAAA